AUGGCCCAGCCACAGCAGAUGCCCAUGCCCGAUCUGUCCAACGCCAUUGUGGCUCAGGACGAAAUGGGAAGACCUUUCAUCAUUGUCAGAGAUCAAGGUCAAAAGAAGAGAGCUCAUGGAAUUGAAGCCAUCAAGAAUCACAUUUUGGCUGCUAGAACAGUCGCUGAUAUUGUGCGAACAUCUCUCGGCCCAAGAGGUCUCGACAAGAUUCUCAUCUCUCCUGAUGGCGAUAUCACUAUCACUAAUGAUGGCGCUACCAUUCUCAGUCAGAUGCAAAUUGAAAAUCAAAUUGCCAAGCUGCUUGUCGAGCUUUCAAAGUCUCAAGACGACGAGAUUGGCGAUGGCACUACCGGCGUCGUUGUCCUGGCCGGUGCGCUCCUUGAGCAGGCCUCUGAGCUCCUCGACAAGGGCAUCCACCCCAUCAAGAUUGCCAACGGUUAUGACGAGGCCGCCAAGCUUGUCGUUUCUCACCUUGAGUCCAUUGCUGACCAAGUCCCCGUUUCCCGUGAUGAUAAGUCCACUAUCCUCAAAGCUGCCAAAACAUCUCUCGGUAGUAAAAUCGUCUCCAAAUCUCACGACCAGUUUGCUCAGCUUGCUGUUGAUGCAGUUCUUUCUGUAGCUGACUUUGAUCGCAAGGACGUUGACUUUGAACUCAUUAAGGUCCUCGGCAAGAGCGGCGGCUCCCUCCAAGAUACCAAGCUUGUCCAUGGUGUGGUUCUCGACAAGGACAUGUCUCACCCCCAAAUGCCAACACAAAUCAAUGAUGUUAAAAUUGCCAUCUUGACUUCUCCCUUUGAACCCCCCAAACCUAAGACUAAGCACAAACUCGAUAUUACCAACGUUGAGGAGUUCAAGAAGCUUCAAAACUACGAACAGGAAAAGUUUAUUGAGAUGAUCAACUACGUUAAAAACUCAGGUGCCAACCUCGUCAUUUGCCAAUGGGGCUUUGAUGACGAAGCAAACCAUCUGCUUCUGCAAAACAAGCUUCCCGCCGUCAGAUGGGUCGGUGGCCCAGACAUUGAACAGAUUGCCAUCGCCACCAAGGGUCGCAUUGUCCCCAGAUUCGAGGACUUGGCCCCUGAAAAGCUUGGCCAUGCUGGCUCAGUUCGCGAACUCACCUUUGGCACAACCCGCGACCGCAUGCUUGUUAUUGAGGACUGCGCAAACCCUAGCGUCGUUACCAUCUUUAUUCGCGGUAGUAACCAGAUGAUUGUCGAAGAGGCCAAGCGUGCUGUCCACGACUCGCUGUGCGUUGUCCGCAACCUUGUCAGAGACAACCGUGUCGUCUACGGUGGUGGUGCAGCCGAAAUUUCUGCGUCUAUUGCUGUUGCCGAAGAGGCUGACAAGAGAACUGGCAUUGACCAGUACGCUUUCCGCGCCUUUUCUGCUGCUCUCGACACAGUGCCUAUGGCUCUUGCUGAGAACUCAGGUCUGAAUUCCAUCGAAGUUCUCUCUCAACUCAAGUCCAGACAAGUCCUUGAAAAGAACUCGCGGCUGGGUGUGGAUGCCUUGGGUUCAGGCAACAACGACAUGAAGGAGAACUUUGUUAUUGAUCCACUGAUUGGCAAGAGACAGCAGGUGCUACUGGCUACUCAACUGACGAGAAUGAUUCUUAAGAUUAAGGAUGUGGUUGUCAAUGGCAAGGACUCUUAUUAA